UGGCUGCUCGUUGGUACCUAUAAAUGGCAGCGACCGGCUCAGCCAGGCAUCAGUCCACCGCCGCCGGCGCUGAGCCCGGCGUUGGGAGUAGGACUGGGAGUAGACGCGGAGAACCUGAAGCUGGGCCGGGGCCGCAAGGAGGGGCGUGCAGCCGCUGGCCCACCGCGAGCCGCUCCCAGCCCUCGCCGAAGCGUUCUCCGCUAGGCCGCCUGCCUCCGCCUUCCUCCUCCCUCCAUUUCCCCGGAAUCUCAGCCAGGUGCGCCUGCACCCCGACGCUUCUCUGGGUGGGGAAGCUCCCGACCGCUUUCCGGCUGCACUCCUUCCUCGCAGCUUGGGCUCCCAGACCCCUCUCUUCUUUGCCUGGACUGGGUCCCACCGCCUUCUGUCCCCUUCCUUGAGCUCCGGCUUCCUGCCCCUGCCCGUAGUCUAUUCCCCUCUCUCUCCUUAGUCACUUUGCUCAGCCGAGGGUCCCAGCCUCCCCUCUUCCUUUUCCUUGCCUGGGGUCCAACUUGUCCUGUCCCUUCCUCUCUCUCCUUUCCCUGGCCGGGAGUUCCAGACCUUUAGGUCUCCUGUGGUCCUUCCUGGGUCCUUCUGCCUCUUCCCCAGUUUGGAGUUCUAGAUUGAGAACCCAGAUUCUGUCCACCCCCAGAGGACUGCUUCCGCAAAACGACCUCUCUAAAACAUGAACUUUUCCUAGAGACUACUCCAGGCUCUCUUCCCACCUGCUGACCCCUUGCUGCCUAUGUCCCAGGUCUGACUCUCACUUUGCUAAGAGUCCAGGCCUCCUCGGCCAAGGGAGCGGCAGGAUGCUUCUGUGGUCUGGCAUCUGUGGCCUCUCUCCACCUCGAAUCUUCCCUUCGUUGCUGGUGAUGGUAGCCUUGGUGGGGCUGCUACCUGUUCUCAGGAGCCAUGGCCUCCAGCUCAGUCCUACUGCCAGCACCAUCCGAGGCUCAGAGCCACCACGGGAACGCUCAAUUGGGGAUGUCACCACCGCCCCACCGGAGACCACCCCCCAGAGCCACCCUGUUAACCAUUCGGGCACUGAACACAGCACACAACGAAAGGCCUUUCCAGUCCUGGACAUCGACUACUCACAUGUGCGCAGACCCUUCGAGAUCUCCCUCUGGAUCCUGCUUGCCUGCCUCAUGAAGAUAGGUUUCCAUGUGAUCCCCACUAUCUCGAGCAUCGUCCCGGAGAGCUGCCUGCUGAUUGUGGUGGGGCUGCUGGUGGGGGGCCUGAUCAAGGGCGUGGGCGAGAAACCCCCCUUCCUGCAGUCCGACGUCUUCUUCCUCUUCCUGCUGCCGCCCAUCAUUCUGGAUGCGGGCUACUUCCUGCCGCUGCGGCAGUUCACGGAGAACCUGGGCACCAUCCUGAUCUUCGCUGUGGUGGGCACACUGUGGAACGCCUUCUUCCUGGGCGGCCUCAUGUACGCCGUGUGCCAGGUGGGCGGCGAGCAGAUCAACAACAUCGGCCUCCUGGAAAACCUGCUCUUUGGUAGCAUCAUCUCGGCCGUGGACCCCGUGGCCGUGCUCGCCGUCUUCGAGGAAAUUCACAUCAACGAGCUGCUCCAUAUACUCGUCUUCGGAGAGUCGCUGCUCAAUGACGCCGUCACUGUGGUCCUGUAUCACCUCUUUGAGGAGUUUGCCAGCUACAACCAUUUGGGCAUCGUGGACAUCGUCCUUGGCUUCUUGAGCUUCUUCGUGGUGUCCCUGGGCGGGGUCUUUGUGGGUGUGGUCUACGGGGUCAUCGCAGCCUUCACCUCUCGAUUCACCGCUCACAUCCGUGUCAUCGAGCCACUCUUCGUCUUCCUCUACAGCUACAUGGCCUACUUGUCAGCUGAGCUCUUCCACCUGUCCGGCAUCAUGGCACUCAUUGCCUCGGGAGUGGUGAUGCGCCCCUAUGUGGAGGCCAACAUCUCUCACAAGUCCCACACGACCAUCAAGUAUUUCCUGAAGAUGUGGAGCAGCGUCAGCGAGACUCUCAUCUUCAUCUUCCUCGGCGUCUCCACCGUGGCUGGUUCCCACCACUGGAACUGGACCUUUGUCAUCAGCACCCUGCUCUUCUGCCUCAUCGCCCGAGUGCUGGGCGUGCUGGGCCUGACCUGGUUCAUCAACAAGUUCCGCAUCGUGAAGCUGACCCCCAAGGACCAGUUCAUCAUCGCCUACGGGGGCCUGCGAGGGGCCAUCGCCUUCUCCUUGGGCUACCUCCUGGACAAGAAGCAUUUCCCCAUGUGUGACCUGUUCCUCACCGCCAUCAUCACCGUCAUCUUCUUCACCGUCUUUGUGCAGGGAAUGACCAUUCGGCCCCUGGUAGACCUGUUGGCUGUGAAGAAAAAGCAAGAAACGAAGCGCUCCAUCAAUGAGGAGAUCCAUACACAGUUCCUGGACCACCUUCUGACAGGCAUCGAGGACAUCUGUGGCCACUACGGCCACCACCACUGGAAGGACAAGCUCAACCGGUUUAAUAAGAAGUAUGUGAAGAAGUGUCUGAUAGCCGGCGAGCGUUCCAAGGAGCCCCAGCUCAUCGCUUUCUACCACAAGAUGGAGAUGAAGCAGGCUAUUGAGCUGGUGGAAAGUGGUGGCAUGGGCAAGAUCCCCUCUGCUGUCUCCACCGUCUCCAUGCAAAACAUCCAUCCCAAGUCCCUGCCUGCAGACCGCAUCCUACCAGCACUCUCCAAGGACAAGGAAGAGGAGAUCCGCAAAAUCCUGAGGAACAACUUGCAGAAGACCAGGCAGCGGCUGCGGUCUUACAAUAGACACACGCUGGUGGCAGAUCCGUACGAGGAGGCCUGGAACCAGAUGCUGCUCCGGAGACAGAAGGCCCGGCAGCUGGAGCAGAAGAUCAACAACUACCUGACAGUGCCAGCCCACAAGCUGGACUCACCCACCAUGUCUCGGGCCCGCAUUGGCUCAGACCCGCUGGCCUAUGAGCCGAAGGCUGACUUGCCUGUUAUCACCAUCGACCCAGCGUCACCACAGUCGCCUGAGUCUGUGGACCUGGUGAAUGAGGAGCUGAAGGGCAAGGUCCUCGGGCUGAACCGGGACCCCAGGGUGGCUGAGGAUGAAGACGAUGACGGGGGCAUUAUGAUACGGACCAAGGAGCCCUCCUCCCCAGGCACUGACGAUGUCUUCACCCCUGGGCCAAGUGACAGCCCCAGUUCCCAGAGGAUACAGCGCUGCCUCAGUGACCCAGGCCCCCACCCUGAGCCUGGGGAGGGGGAGCCUUUCAUCCCCAAGGGGCAAUAACACUGAGGCCAGUGGGCGGUGCCUGUCCUACCACAGACUCUCCCACCAGAGCAGGGGCUGCUGGAAGCUGGGGGUGCACCCCUCCUCCAUCCUGACCUGGAUCGCUCCUCUCCCCACUGCAUGGCAGCUGGGCCCACAGCCCCACCGCACGGCUUCCCCCUGCCUCCUGGGAAGCACCCACCCUCCCACCAGAACUGCCUUCCCAGUCCCUUUGUCAAAGCUGCUGGGCUGUGAGGCAGACCCUUCCCUGUCCAGGCUCUCUCCUGUUCCCAGGGGAGGGCCUCUGAGUUUCCCAGACCUCGGAGGCCCCCGCUACACCAUCACUCUCCUCAUUCAAACCAAUCUUAGUUUCUAACCAAAGAGCCUCUGGCCCAGCCUUGAUCCCACCUGGGAAGGGAAGUAGCCAAGGCCUGUCUUGGCCUAGGCCAGGACCUCCAUUAAAUGGAGAAGACCAGGGGGAGCAGGCAUCUGAGGGAGGGAGGGAUCAGUGACCCAUGGUAGGCCCACCCUCCUGCCAGCUCUGGCACCCUGGCCAGCCACACCUACCUGUCCUUACUCAGCUGCAGGCUGAGGGCAUCUCUGCGUCCCUGAGCUUCUCUGUAUGGAGCUGGAGCACUUUGGACAGUGAUGUGACUCAGCUUUCCAAACUGCUGCAGCAGGGACCACGGGGCCCGCCUGGGGCUGCUGUCAAGGGAGGAACUGUCAGGCUCCAGAAAGUGCCGCCUUUUUAUGUUUUGUUUGUUCACACUUCCAUGUAUGACCUAUUUGCACAGAGGCCAUUCCUGUUUUUAAAACAUUUUGAAAAGCACUGGCUGAAUGAAGCUCUGGCCCUCCCUGCUCCAGAGAAUUACCGUCUACUUCUGGCUAACACUCCCCCAAAUCGAUUCUCUGCCUCCUGGGCUCCUAAUUGUGGCCCCAAGGCUCUGAUUCCCAACCCCAAUCAUGGUUCUAACUCACAGAUGCUGGACCUCCUGGUCCCUCUUUGCUCUUGGGCCUGACCCUCGGUUCCUGCUGGCCUGUUCUUUCUGUCAUCACCCUCUCCCCCCGUUGGCCCCAGGAACCUUUCUCUUCUGUGCGCCGCACCCAGCUUCUGGAAGCCCAGUCCUCAGGGGAGAAGGCCUCCCCUAAUCGUCUCCCUCCAGGCCAGGGCUGAUUGGUGGGCAGAGUCCUGGGCUCCCAGAGGCCUUUGCUCACAGGCACGUGCUCCUACCCCCACUGCCGUGAUGGCCAGGCGCAGGUUUAUUGGUGCCUGUCCUUCCCCUAGUACUCCCUUCCCCAGGAUCGUGCAAUAGUCAGAGUGUCCCUCUUCCCAGAGCACUGGGAAGGCAGUGGGUGCUCAUCUGUCCGCCCUCCUUUCCAUGCAAGCGCAGUUUGGGGCAGGAGUCACCAUGCAAGGGUAACGUGGACAACCAUGUUCAAAGCCACCACAGCUGCUGCUGCUCUGCCGCCUGUACAGAAGAAACCGAAUCUUUUUCAUAUUCUAAUAAAUCCGUGUGAGUUUUUGAUAGA